GCGCAUGUGCACUGGCUCCUCCUCGGUGGUGGGUGACCAUGAAGGCUGCUCGGCCUCUGUGUGCGGUGGGGGGUGCUCUGUCACCGCAUCCCUUGACACUAGGGGCUGUACUGCCGCUGUGGCUGUGUGAGCUGUGGAUCCUGCUGAUGGGCUCUGGGUUGAACGCCGGCGUUCUGCCUCAUGAAGAGAAUGUGGACUUCAUCAACGAGUACAUCACUCUCCAUAAUGAGAUCCGAGGCAGCGUCUUCCCCGGAGGGUCUAACCUGCGCUUCAUGACUUGGGAUGUAGCUUUAUCACGUACUGCUAGAGCAUGGGGGAAAAAAUGUGUGUAUCAACGUAAUACACAUUUAGACAAAGAGCAUGAGGCCCAUCCUGUAUUUACUGUUGUUGGCGAAAACAUGUGGGUUGGUCCUGAAGAGGAAUUUACUGCAAGUAUCGCUAUCAAAAGUUGGCAUGAGGAAAGGAAAAGCUAUAAUUUUCACAACAACACCUGCGUUGAUGAUGACUGCUCUCAUUAUAUUCAGCUUGUUUGGGACAAUUCCUUCAAAGUUGGUUGUGCUGUUACUCCAUGUAAAAGAGUUGGCGGUAUCCUACACGCUGCACUUUUCAUAUGCAAUUAUGCACCAGGAAUAAUUCUGGCAAGGAGGCCUUAUGAAGCAGGGCCGUAUUGUAGUCGGUGUCCCCCUCGAGACAAAUGCACAGACUUUCUAUGCAGUGAUGCAGAUCGUGACCAAGCUACAUAUUACCAGUUCUGGUACCCACAUUGGGAAGUGCCCCGCCCACUCGUGUGUGAUCUUCUGUGCAUGUUCAUCUUUUCGCUGAGACUAGCAUGCUUUGUGCUCUGUGUUAUCGUUGUUUUGAUAAUACAGUUUCGAUUCCCAGAUAUCCUAAAGGAAAAGAAGAUACUCUCAGAGAGUAAGGUAUUUUCGACAGAGGAGGAAAUGAAACCUGAGGAGGAAGAAGAGGAGACAGAGGAGAUCAGGGAGGAGACGGAAGAAGAAGACGAAGAAUAAGGAGAAGAUGACCUCAGAGAAGGCAAAGCCCAACAGAAAAAAAGUCCCAAAACAUUGAAAGUAGAAUGCUAAACUUUAAGAAAAUAUACAAGCCUCAAUUGCGGUAUUUUUUUCAUUUCUACACUUAUUUAACAAAUUUAAAUUGUAAAACAAAAACAGUGUAAAUACAAAACUUGCAUUGUACAGAAAAUAUUAAACCCUUAAAGACACAGAGAACAGAUAAUAGAAACAGCCACAAUAAAAAGCUGACUUAAGAUUUUCUUGUGGUAUCUGAUAAAAAGAAGGAAUAUUUAUAUUUCCAUCUCUCUGUGUAGCCUUUUUAUAUGAGUUAACAAGUAUCUGAAGUAUGAAGUUAAAUGAAAUUGUCCAUGUAAGAUGCUUAGGACCACUCCAAGUUUAGAAUAACCAUUUGGUAUAUUUAUAAUAUUUAUGAGCUUGCUUUUAUUAUUCCUAUUAUAGUUAUCAGUAGCAGUUGUAUGUGAUAUUUCCAUGUGAUAUCAGAACAUCAAAUAUUGUUUAUAUUUUAUGUAUAUUUGUGAAAUAAUUUACAUGAUAUUAGUCCCUUCUGUUAGAAGAUAAAUGUGUAAUUUCUACUUCAUGGUCAGUAAUUCAUCAAAGACUUGCUGUAAUUUUUGUCUUAUAGGUCCAAUGAAUCCAAAAAUAAUUCAUUGUAAAUAAACAAUAAAGCUGCUUCUAAAUAUA